GGCCGUGUUUCCGUCUCUCGCGGGGCUCCCGUGCUGUGGAGAACGGCGCGGGCUGGGCCGGGCACAGCUCGUUUCCGACGUAGCAGGGUCGGCGAUCGCGGCGGACAGCCCCGGGGAGGCCUGGUCCGUGUGGGUAGCCAGCCGCGGCGGUCGCUCGCGGACAGCAUGAAGGCCAGGCCCGCGGGGUUCGUGGACGGCCGGCUGAAGCAGCGCGUCAUUCAGUACCUCUCCAGUAACAGAUGUGGCAAGUAUGUGGACACGGGCAUCUUAGCAUCCGACCUGCAGAGAAUGUACAGUAUAGAUUAUGGUCGAAGAAAAAGAAAUGCUUUUAGGAUUCAGGUAGAAAAAGUAUUUAGCAUAAUUAGUAGAGAGAAAGAACUUGAGAAUCUAACAGAAUUAGAAGAUGAACAUCUGGCAAAAAGAACGAAACAGAAUGAAGAGGAAAAUGAGUAUAUUGGAAGCUCUUCUGAUGAUUCCAGUGUGGAAGAUUACCCAGAUCAGCAGUCAGCAAAUCACAUGAACAAUUCCCUACUCACUUUAUAUCGGAAAGGAAAUUCUGAUUGUGCUUCAAGUGCCCUGGAGGUGGAGCAGAGAGAAGGCACCACUUCAAUGCCAUGCCUGACUACUCAAGCAGGCUCCACCCCUUUGAAGCCGCCUGCCCGAGAACCUGCUGGAGGAUGGUUUGUUGACAAAACCCCAAGUGGAAAGAAAGACGAAUUUUUCUUGGACCUGUCAGGUCAAAAAAGUACCAACAGGAAGCCAGUAUCUGAGAUACAGGAUUUAAAAGAAUCAUCUCUUCUGGAGAGUGAUACAAAAAGGAACCGUAGGUCAAAGGGCAAAGGAAACAAAAGGAAGAAAGAAGAUCUUCAGGAUGUGGAGGGAGAAAUAGAAGCCGUCCUGCAAAAGAAAGCUAAAGCCAAAGGGCUGGAUUUCCACAUCUCCAGUGUGAAGUUUGAAGAUGUUGGAGGCAAUGAUGCAACAUUAAAAGAGGUCUGCAAGAUGCUCAUACACAUGCGUCACCCAGAGGUGUACCAGCGCCUCGGCGUUGUGCCCCCUCGGGGAGUUCUCCUGCACGGGCCACCCGGCUGUGGGAAGACGUUACUUGCACAUGCAAUUGCUGGGGAACUUGACCUGCCAAUUUUGAAAGUGGCUGCUCCAGAGAUUGUAUCCGGAGUUUCUGGAGAGUCUGAGCAAAAGCUCAGGGAGUUAUUUGACCAAGCUGUGUCAAAUGCACCCUGUAUUGUUUUCAUUGAUGAAAUUGAUGCUAUUACUCCCAAAAGAGAAGUUGCUUCAAAAGAUAUGGAACGAAGAAUUGUAGCCCAGCUCCUAACCUGCAUGGAUGAUCUGAAUAAUGUGGCAGCUACAGCUCGAGUCCUAAUCAUUGGUGCUACUAAUCGACCAGACUCACUGGAUCCUGCUUUGAGACGUGCAGGAAGGUUUGACCGAGAAAUUUGCCUAGGAAUCCCAGAUGAAACAUGCAGAGAAAGAAUACUUCAAACUUUGUGCCGAAAACUGAGACUUCCUGAAACUUUCAAUUUUGCUCACUUAGCUCACCUGACGCCAGGCUUUGUAGGUGCCGAUCUGAUGGCCCUCUGCAGGGAGGCCGCCAUGUGUGCCGUCAAUAGGGUCUUGAUGAAGCUGCAGGAGCAGCAGCCGAACGACCCUGAGGCCGCGGGUCUGCCGCCUGGAGGACGCCAGGAGGACCAGCCGAGAGCUGAGCCCACUUCUGAGACACAGGCUGAAUUGGGAACACUGCUGAAAUUGCUAAGAGACCAAGAUCCUCUGUCAGAGGAGCAGAUGCAAGGGCUGUGCAUUGAACUGACGGAUUUCACUGUUGCCCUAGCCUCAGUCCAACCUUCUGCCAAAAGAGAAGGCUUUGUCACUGUCCCUAAUGUGACAUGGGCAGAUAUUGGUGCUCUGGAAGAUAUUCGAGAAGAACUCAUCAUGGCAAUAUUGGCUCCAGUUCGUAACCCAGACCAGUUCAGAGCUCUUGGCUUAGUGACUCCAGCUGGCAUCCUCUUGGCUGGUCCUCCUGGGUGUGGGAAGACUCUGCUCGCAAAGGCUGUGGCAAAUGAGGCUGGACUCAAUUUUAUAUCUGUCAAAGGUCCUGAACUACUAAAUAUGUAUGUCGGUGAGAGUGAACGUGCUGUGCGACAGGUUUUUCAGCGAGCCAAGAAUUCAGCACCCUGUGUGAUAUUCUUUGAUGAAGUGGAUGCCUUAUGUCCUCGGAGAUCAGACCACGAAACAGGUGCAAGUGUCCGUGUGGUAAAUCAACUGCUUACGGAGAUGGAUGGUCUAGAAACACGUCAGCAGGUUUUUAUUUUGGCCGCCACGAAUAGGCCAGAUAUCAUUGACCCUGCGAUCCUACGCCCAGGUCGUCUGGAUAAGACGCUCUUUGUGGGGUUGCCACCCCCAGCAGACCGGAUUGCCAUUUUAAGAACCAUCACAAAAAAUGGCACCAAGCCUCCACUGGAUGAAGAUGUAGAUUUGGAAGCAAUUGCUAAUGAUGGUCGCUGUAAUUGCUAUACGGGUGCAGACCUCUCUGCUCUGGUACGAGAAGCUUCUCUCUGUGCACUGAGACAAGAAAUGACAAGACAGAAAAGUGGAAGUGGACAAGGUGAGCUGAAGAUUAGUCGUAUGCAUUUUGAAGACGCCUUCAAGAGAAUAAAGCCAUCUAUAUCAGUAAAGGACCAAAUGAUGUAUGAAGCUCUAAAGAAGUCCCUCAGCCGAUGACAGGCACAGGACCUGGUGCGGAGGUGUCGAGUGCCCGGAGAUGCCAGAGAAUCCGCAUGCUGUAGAGGCCACUCUUAGACCACAGAAGGGAUCUCAUCAUAAGCAUUUCGUUUUCUGAUGAGCAAGGCCAAGCUAGAGCUGGAGAUUCUCAUCUGGCCAGCUCUGUGGGGAAACUCUACUUCCUCUGUAAGGGAAAUAAAAGAAACAGCUGUUUUCCUUUGCUUAAAGA